CUUCCCCACACCCCCGGGCCGCCCCCGACCCCAGCGGCGGCUGCAGCCGGGCCGGGCCGAGCCGAGCCGAGCGGAGCCGAGCCGAGCAGGGGCGCUGCGAGGCUCCGGCCGCAGGGGAGCGCGGCUGCGGCAGCCCCCGCCUGCGGCCCGGGAGGGGGCGGCGGGUCCCCGCCGAGGGAUCUCUACCUCACCUUGCUGCCUCGGGACGGCCCCAGAAAAGCAGCAGAAAAAAAAGUUGAGAGCGCAGGAAGUUUUAGGAGCAGCUGGGAGAGUAACUCGGGAGCUCCGGCUGCGAUUUCGGGCUCCGUUUUAAUUUUUUAUUUCAUUUUAUUUUAUUUUAUUUUAUUUUUGGACCUCCAGCAACCCGCGACAGCAACAACCAAAAAGUGCAGGGGGUGGGGGACAGAUAAAUUGCGAGAGGCAAGCGCCAGGUUUCUUUGCAGAGCCGCGGUCCCGUGCCCAGCGGAUCCCAAUGCAACUGCUCAUCCUCCUCCUCCUCUACGCCGUCGUCUGUGCGAACUUUUGCAGCCGUCAGGGCACCACCGCCCCUGCCCAGAGCGGAUCUAUAAAAGCCUUGCGGUCCUCCAACAUCAGGCGAGAUGAGAGCAAUCACCUCACAGACUUGUACCGAAAAGAAGAGACCAUCAGCGUGGCAGGGAACGGCUGCAUUCACAGUCCUCGCUUCCCGAGCAGUUACCCCAGGAACCUCCUGCUGACAUGGCGGCUCCACUCCCCAGAGAGCACCAGGAUCCAGCUCACCUUCGAUAAUCAGUUUGGACUGGAAGAGCCUGAAAAUGAAAUCUGCAGGUAUGACUUUGUGGAAGUGGAAGAUUUGUCAGAGACCAGCACUGUUAUACGAGGACGGUGGUGUGGGCACAAGGAAGUACCUCCAAGAAUAACAUCAAGAACAAAUCAGAUAAAGAUAACCUUCAAAUCCGAUGACUACUUUGUGGCUAAACCUGGAUUCAAGAUUUGUUACUCCCUUGUGUGUAGCUCGAAAGAGGCAGAUUUUGCAAACACUCAGGAAAUGGAUGAUUUCCAGCAUGCAGCCUCAGAAACCAACUGGGAGUCAGUCACAAGCUCUGUCUCAGGGGUCUCCUAUCCCUCUCCAUCAGUGACUGACCCUACGCUCACAGCAGAAGCACUGGAUCAGACCAUUGCUGCAUUUGACACGGUGGAGGAUCUGCUCAAACACUUUAAUCCAGACUCCUGGCAAGAAGAUCUGGAGAAUUUGUACACAGACAGUGGCCACCAUUAUCGAGGCAGAAGUUACCAUGACAGGAAGUCCAAAGUUGACCUGGACAGGCUGAAUGAUGAUGUGAAACGUUACAGCUGCACUCCAAGAAACUAUUCUGUCAAUUUAAGGGAGGAACUGAAGCUGACAAAUGUAGUAUUCUUCCCUCGCUGCCUCCUCGUCCAGCGCUGUGGAGGAAAUUGUGGUUGUGGGACUUCGAAUUGGAAAUCCUGCACAUGUGUGUCAGGGAAAACAGUGAAAAAAUAUCAUGAGGUGCUGAAAUUUGUCCCUGAGGCUGGGCAUCCUCGAAGGAAAGGUAGAACCAGGAACAACAUGGCUUUAGUAGAUAUACAGUUGGAUCACCAUGAGCGUUGUGAUUGUGUCUGCAGUUCAAGACCACCACGAUAAAACAAAAACAAAACAAAACAACAACAACAACAACAACAAAAGAUAGAAAGAAAAGGGAGAAACAGAAACAGAGAAAGAGAGAAAGAAAGAGAGAAAUAAAAAACCCAAGACCCACUAAUUGCAGCUUACCAGACAUUUACUUUUAAGCGGGAUUGCUCUGAGGACCUUUAUUCACUAAUCACUUGAACUUUGCUAUUAACCUGCCUUUUCAAUUAGCAAAAAUGAUUAAAUGAUUGUUGUGUUUCAGUAUAGCCAUGUUGAUUAGUGCCACGGCAGCUAAACAGGUAUAUCAUAGAUUUAUAUAUCAACAUCCAAGAAUAUAGGGUUAUGGUUUUCUAUAGCUAGAUUCUGAGGGUUGGGAUUUCAAAAGCUCACUUACAGUCCUUAGGCACACAAUAAUGCCCACUGAUAUUGUGGUAAUGAAAGAGCAUUUGUUGUGUUUAUGCACAUCUCUCAUUCAGUAUUUCCUAUACUCAAAUUCUGCUGCCAUUUCUACUUGCUGAACUCUCCUGACUGGCAGUAGGGUUUUGUGGGUAUAAAUGAAGAGAGAAUUUGAGCCUGUAUGAUUGGAAAAUGGUUAAUUCAGCUCUAAAAAACGAACUUCCCAGUGUUCCUUCCCAACACAGUGAGAUGCAAUGAGGAAAAUCCAUGACUACAUGAAAUACAACACUAGUAGAGUCAAAUCUCACUGUCUGUACUUGAGCAAACCUUGUGCUGAAAUUACUAAAUGCUUUGUGUAAUCUGGGACACUAGUGGUGGUAGGGGGUACAGAGGUGGGUACUUUUGCCACGAUGACUCCACAGGAGCCAUCGUCCAUGUGCUUCUGCAAGCACACUGAGAUGGGGCUCCCUUCACAUCCCCAAGUAAAUCCCUAUGGCCUAGGCCUGAUUCUGAUCUCUACUCACCUGAACUGGACUCCUGCCACUUGCCCUGAGCAAGUUGCCCAGGAAGGGCCCUCUCUAUAUGAAAAGCAAGAUAGAGCUUCCCCAAGUCCCCCCCUCACUGUAUUUGGGGGCGUGUUGUGUCUCCUCAAGCAGGUGAUUAAAUAGGGCACUUGUUUGUUGAAAAUAUGAUUUGUUUUGCAGUUGUGUUACUGGGAAACUAAACUGUGUUUGAGAUUUAAUUAUCGUUAUUUGGUUUGGGGUUUGUUUGUUUGUUUGUUUGUUUUAAAUAUGGAUUAUUAUAACUUUGUCAUAUAUCCAUUAAUCUUAGUUAUCUGAGGCUAGUUGUCUCACUUCAGCUAUGUGUAUUGCCACGGUUAAACUGUUGACAGUGAAUUUCUUUUUGAUUGCAUUUUUCUGAGGCAUAUUAGCUCAUUAAGCAAUGUCUGUCUGUCAUGGAAAAUGUGCAUCAUUUAUUAACUUCCACAAGAAUAUUAUUAAACACCACCUUGUAAUAAAAUAAGCACUUUACAAGCUACAGCAUAGCUUCCUAUGCCUUUUAAAAUAUUAUGAAAGUGCUCUAGAUGAAAAUAAAAUAAAACAAAAUAAAAUAAAAUAAAAUCUUUCCAAAAUAGCUUUAAAGGCUUUAAAACGCUGCUCCAAAAGUUGUUCAGUGUAAAACACAGACAGCUUUAGGUCUGUGAAAGAACUGGAGUUCUUUCAUGAAUGUAACAGAGGGAAUGGGGUGGCACAUUUAAUGGCUGAGGUUUUAUAUUUAAUAGCAGACAUAGACUGCAUUGGUCCAUCUUGUUUAUGUUGCCUCUUGUGUUUCUGCCUCUCUGAAAGAGCAAAGUAGUUUGACAAUAGUGUGUCAUAAUUAGUGAAAACUGUUAUAUGCUAUAGUAUAAUAUUGAAAGCCAUUAAGGUAUGUUUUAGCAAUACACAAUUUUAUGUUUCAUAAUGUGCAGUAUUGUUCAGACUUAGCCUAUCAGCUCAAGUAUUUUAUAAGUGCUUUUUUUUUUAUAAUUUUAACAAAACUUUACUGAAACAUCCCUUAGAAAUGUUGUGUUGCUUUUCCUCCUGUACGUUAACAUUUAAGAUUCAAAAUGUGUGGGGUUUUUAUUAUUAUUAUUUAUAUUAAUUUUUCCUCUCUGGCUCCCAGAUGUCUAUUUAAAAAUGCUCCCAAAUGCUGCGUUGGGAGGUGAUUCAUCAUUUUUCACAGCAAUUCAUUUUAAAAGAACAACAAUGUAACCAAAGACUGCUGGCUUCACUUCUUUUCAGGGCUGUUUAAAGAAGACUUAAUUCUUUUUCUGUCUCUAGCUUUAUAAUAAGAUUGACCCAGACCUUCCAUAAUUUUCAGCUAAUUUGGAAAUAAAUUUGCAUGUCAGACCUUGACAGUACUGAUUGUUUAUGAGAUACUCUUUCUAAUGCAUAUUCCUGACUGAAUUGUGCUUGAACUAUGCUUAAGCACUCUGGCCUAAUAGUACCAGUGGUAGGAAUCAUCUGUCUCACAUAAUUUUGUGCCUUGAGGGGUCCUUUGAUUCCCACACAUCAAGGGAAGAUGUGCACCGUGUCUGGCAUCUCCCAUGCUCCUCUGCUUGCUCACCUGGUCUCCAUCCCCACCAACUCUGUCUUGGGAGGUGUUUACACCAUCUAAUUUUGGAGAUCCACCCUCAUCGGAGAGCCAGAGUCACUUCUCCAGGGAGCAAGGAGAGAGAUGUUCUUACAAAGUAUGCCAUAGACCCCAGAGAUCACCCAGUAUGGGAAUUUUCUCUCUCUUUUGACUGUGUAGAGAGAUUUAAAAUCUGAUUUGAGCAUCUAAAGGAGAUACACCAAGGCAGAUGGUAUGAUUACUCACUUUAAAGACUAAACAGCCAAUAGUUUUGCUAACUGAUUUAGAUUCAGGCAGCAGUGGAUGUCAGGAUCCAGGAGGAAAAUUCAGCUGUAAAAGAGUUUGGUAUAACAAGGAUUAUCCUCUUGCUUAAUGUUGGAUUUACUUACUUAAAAAGAGGCUAAACUUGUCACAAAACAUAAAAUGUUUCUCCUGUGACACUUAGCAAUGAAUCGAACCACUGACCAGGACUCACUGCUUCAUGCUGCCAUCUGCCAUAAAGACAGCAUGCUCCAGGCCAAUGCAGAAGAGUUAAGGAUAGGUUUUAUGUUGCAGUGAGGGGGAGAUAAAAAACAUCAACCGAGUAAAACUUUCAAAUUCCCUGACCCCAACCUGUAGUGAAUCUGGCAAAAUCAAAUACCAGCAAUUUUUUUAUUUAUAGCAGAAAUUGCAGAGAUGUUUUUCCACACCUAUUUUUUUCUUUCAUUUAUGUAAUAAAUUCCAUGUUGUUUACAUAUUGUUUUAAUGUAAAAAGCAAUGCUAUUAAAAAAAAAAAAAAUCUCAUUCAUUUUUAUUGGUGGAAUUGGGCACCCUAAAAUAUAUACAUUUUCAAAGCAAA